CACAGGGAUUGGCAUUGGACUUUCAAACCACAUUCUCAGCUGAGAUAGUGGUGGUGGGAAAAGGGACAGGUUUGGGGAGGCAGUUAAGCUGUCCUGCCUCUGUCUUGCUUUUCUUCCUCGCUCCAUCCCCAGAGACCAGAGGCCUGCAUUACAAUGCAACAACAGCUCAGACAGCUCCUGCCAGAUGGGGAGAUGGGUCCUUCUGCUGCCCUCGCCCUGCUCUGCAGCUCGGCUGCAGCUGUGGCAGUCUGGAAAUGGCUGGGCAAACGGCAGAUCCAAGAGAAAAUGGAAGAGGCUCGGAGGACCCGGGAUCAGGGUGUGAAAAAAAUGGAAAAGGCUGUUCAGCAGUUCAGAGAACAGAUCUCCCAUGUCCAGACUCGUGCUAUCCUGUCCUUGCCCCUGGUAGAGCUCGCCGGGAGACUACGGGAAGGGUCUCUGUCCCCUGAGACAGUCCUCUACACCUACGUAGAGAAGGCCCUGGAAGUGACCCAGCUGACAAACUGCGUGCGACAUUUUAUCCCAGAGUGUGAAGAGCAACUCCAGGAAGUACAGCAGCGAAAGGAGAAAGGGCUGCUCUACGGCAUUCCCAUCAGCAUCAAGGAUCACAUUGGCCACAAGGGACAUCUGUCGACCUGCGGGCUUGUGCAGUUCUUGAACGCCCCAGUGCAAGAGGACAGCGUCCUAGUCAAGGUUUUGAAGAAACAAGGGGCCAUCCCAUUUGCACUUACCAACGUGUCACAGUCCCUCUUCUGCUAUGACUGCAGCAAUGCCAUCUUUGGCCAGACACUGAAUCCUCUCAACCACAAGAAGAGCCCUGGAGGCUCUUCUGGAGGAGAGGGAGCUCUGAUUGCAGGGGGAGGCUCCAUCCUGGGCAUUGGGUCGGACAUUGGCGGCAGCAUCCGCCUGCCAUCCAGCUUCUGUGGGCUGUGUGGGCUCAAACCCACGAGCGACAGGCUCAGCUUGUCUGGAGCAAGUGGCCCAAUCAACGGGAUCCUGUCGGUUCCCUGUGCACUGGGGCCGAUGGCAAGGGAUGUGGACAGCCUGGCCCUGUGCAUGAAAGCAUUGCUCUGCGAGGAAAUGUUCCAGCUCGACCCCACUGUGCCCCCCAUCCCCUUCAAUGAGGAGGUGUAUGCAAGCUGUGCUCCCCUCCGGAUUGGGUACUACGACACAGAUGGCUACUUCCCACUUCCUCCUUGCAUGAGGCGGGCAGUGCACGAAACCAGGGAUGCUCUGCGGGCAGCCGGGCAUGAGUUGGUGCCAUUUGCUCCACCUCGGAUCCACUAUGUCAUGACUGAACUGUUUUUGAAGACAUUUUUUGCUGAUGGAUGCCGUACUUUUUUGGAUCUGUUUACAGGAAAUAUUGUAGAUCCAGGCUUGAAACCACAGGUCAAUUGCUACAAGAUCCCAACGCUGGGGAAGAAGCUGCUGGCUCUGAUUCUUAAACCUCUGUUUCCCCGUCUGGCUGACUAUCUGAGUGCCUUGUGCGGAAUGAGGUCAGUGAACAAGAUGUGGAAGCAUCAGCAUCAAAUAAUGGCGUACCGCACGGAGUUCAUCGCCAGGUGGAGGGAACUCAGGCUGGACGUCAUGCUUUGCCCUGUCCUGGGUCCAGCUUUCACUACGGGGUACCCUGGGAAACUCCUAACUGCCAUCUCCUCCACGAUGUUGUACAAUGUCUUGAACUUCCCUGCUGGGGUUGUACCUGUCAGCACAGUGACAGAAGCUGAUGAAGAAGAGCUGAAGCUUUAUCGAGGAUACUGUGACGACCCCUGGGACAGGACACUAAAGCAGGCUGUGGAAGGAGCUGUGGGACUGCCUGUGGCCGUGCAGUGUGUGGCUUUGCCAUGGCAGGAGGAGCUGUGCCUCCGGUUCAUGAAGGAGGUGGAGACACUUAGCCGUGAGAAGACAGCAAUAUAACCUCUCCAGUCCUGCAUCUGCAGAGCCAGAGACAGCCAAGACACGGAUAGGAGAGUGCUCUGUGAAUUCUCCUCACUUCUGAUCUGAAAUGCGUAAGUCACAGCAAGGAGGAAAGAAGAAAGGAACAACUAUCAACAUAUCCUCUCCUUGCCAAUAAGUACACAGCCUGGAAGGGACAUAGUGGGUAGUUAGCUGUUAAAAGGAUUGUAAAUCUGCCUGAUUUCCUUCAUCUUUGCUGGGAUGCUGCUGGAUUUAUCUCUAAACAUCUCGGUGGCUGAGACAGAGACCAAGCAAGCAUCAAAAUAGCUUCUGCACAACAUCAUCAUGCAAACUCUUCACACCACCAAAUCCUUCUGCUAAAAAGAGCCCCUGACUUGGCUGCAUUGCCUUCUUCCUUUGAAGAAAAAUUCACACAAUGCCUAAGGCUCCAGACUGACAUUGCAGCUUCACAAAUCAUUCUUUAAUCACAUCCUGCUGCUCAUUUGCAUUUCUUUCCUCCUUUGCACCAGUAAACUGAUCUGGCCAGUUCCUUCUACUGCAUUAAUGACUAUGCAGUAUUCCCUGACCCAGCACACUGUGCAGCCAGACUAAUGCUCAUGUUGGCCCAAGAUGUGAUGCACAGGGCAACGCCAGCUUACACUGCGUUCAAACAGCUGUAAAUUAUGAAUUGCCAGCUUUGUGGAAGGAUGGACAUGGAUGGGGGUUUCACCCUCAUUUUCAUCCAUGUAGCAUCUUGCAGAAGCACGGCAAUGCGGAGAGAGGAAAGGAUCCUUAAAGCUGAGUAUUUUCUUCCUGGCACACUAGAGUAACUUCAUACAGAUGUGACUAUGGGGUAUUCCAACAGCAUUGUAGGGGAUGGUGUACUUGCAUGAAUACAGCCAUUUCUGCCCAACCAUAUUUUGUUCACAAAAAAUAAAAAUGUAGAUAUUAAGCAAA